UGCCGGCACGGCCCGUAUUCAGGGUGAGGGUUUCAGGGUUUCCACACGGCUGCUGCAGGCCCCUUGUCCUCAUCCUCAUCCUCCUCACCUUUUUGGUCACACUUCAAGCAGACUGAAGCAUCAUGGGCAGGCAGAAGGCGCUCCUGGACAAGCUGGCGCAGACCUUCCAGAUCCGGAGCCUGCUGGUGCGCCAGGCGCUGGCUGAAUGUCUUGGCACCCUCAUACUGGUGAUGUUUGGCUGUGGUGCAGUUGCCCAGUUGGUCCUCAGUGAGGGAUCUCAUGGAAUAUUCCUGACGGUGAACUUCGCCUUCGGUUUUGCCGCCAUGCUGGGAAUCCUGGUCUGUGGGCAAGUCUCAGGUGGCCACCUGAACCCAACUGUGACAUUUGCCCUUUGCAUGCUGGGUCGAGAGCCAUGGAAGAAGUUUCCUGUGUACUUUCUGUUCCAGACACUAGGAGCCUUCCUCGGAUCAGGGAUCAUAUUUGGCAUGUAUUUUGAUGCUCUGUGGGAGUUUCGUAAGGGCAGUCUGAUUGUGGUGGGGGAGAACGCCACAGCUGGAAUCUUUGCCACGUACCCCUCCAACCAUCUCAGCCUGGUCAACGGCUUCUUCGACCAAAUGAUUGGCACAGCAGCUCUGAUUGUGUGCAUCCUGGCCAUCAUAGACCCCUACAACAACCCCAUCCCUCGGGGGCUGGAGGCCUUCACUGUGGGUUUUGUAGUGUUGGUGAUCGGCUUGUCAAUGGGCUUCAACUCUGGGUAUGCCGUCAAUCCUGCCAGGGACCUGGGACCUCGCAUCUUUACUGCAAUCGCAGGCUGGGGGAGUGAAGUUUUCACGGCUAACGAUUAUUGGUUCUUUGUACCAAUCUUCGCCCCAUUCUUUGGUACGGUGGUGGGCGUGCUGGUGUACCAGCUGAUGGUGGGCUUCCAUGUGGAAGGAGAGGCCCGAGACAGAGGGGAAGCAGUGGCUCGGGAGGAGAAAGACAGGCUAAAGCUCUCCAAUGUCACAGAGAAGAAUGAAAUGGCAUGAAGGCUUGUUUGGGAUGUAUCUGAUUAUGAAUAAUCUCUUCUUUUUUUGUUUUUAAGAAAACAUCCAGCAUUUUUCAACUAGACAUCUAUCUGCUCUAAAUGUAGCACAUAGUCAAUCAUCAGAGAAAGAGAUGUGUUUUCCUGUUCUUAUAAAAGAACAACAACUCCUUGACCCAAAACGUGGAGUAGAGGCCAUUGGGCAGCUGUUUAUUUCAGUCAGUUAUGGGAAACUUGCUUUUAAUGAAUCCUUCAGUGGAAGGAAUGUCUUUUAGAGAUGGUACUGGUUUGUUAGUAACCGCAACUACUUUCUCUGCAUUGAUUCGGUGUUGGAAAGGUUAAGUAGGCUUCAUAAGUACAAACCUUAAGCCACAGUCACACUAGACGUUUGUAGUUUGCAUUACCUUAUGAAAUGGGUGUGGGCCAAGACCAGACCGGAAGAUUGGCCACAAAAUAAAAUCCUCCCUUUUAGUGUUGCUUGCUAAACAUAAACAGCAAUAACAUAAAAUUAAGCAUAAUUGCAUCUGAUAAUAUAUUUUAGCCACAAAAACUAACAAUACAGUCCCUUGACUCUGUGCAUGAAGGCCAACCUAAGCAUUAGGUGGGGCAGAUACUCCCACCACCAUGCUUCCACCGUGAUCUCUAUGCUUGUUGUUUAAAUCCAGAUUACAAAAUACAGAAUCUUGGAUUCGAGGUGCCCAUUUCAGGACGUACUGGUUGUUUAUGCAAAUUUGCAUGUAGAACUUCAUGAAAAUUGAACUCGAUGAUGAAUUUCACAUGCAAAUCUAUGCACACCAGAAGUCUGUGACAAGAAACUGCUCAUCACAUUGAAUUUCUUCAAAAUGAGUUCAUUGUACUUGUGGAAAUUUGCUGGUAAACUCAAGCGUUCCUGGGCAUUAACACCUGUGUUGUUAUGGUGUAAUGUUUGUAGUUUAAAAUACAUGUUACAUAAUCAUAUAUUUCAUAUGUUUAUUCAACGUAAAUCCAGCAUCUGCCCAUUGACUUACAUUAUAAGCGCGGCUUUUCUGUUCUUUUACGCACAAGAAAACAUAUCGAACUUUCUCUCUGUGGUGAUCGAGUGCAUGCUACAGAUACAGCAGAUAGAGUACAGGUUGAAAAACACUGGAAAAUUCCUUUGAAGUCACUUCUCACUUUUUUAUACAGCAGACAGCGUGACCUCCCCAUGUCCUUUGGCACUGAGUUCAGAUCGGCUUCUUAAUUCACAGCCACUAUGGCCUCGCUUUUCUGGUUGGUCAGCGCAGCAUGACCUUCCUGUUCCCCUUCUGCCCCGAGGUCAUACGGCAGACGGGGAUUAUCUAGGAUCUAGGAUUAGAUUUGUAUUUGCCUGACAGCAUAAACUCCCUGUUCUAUCUGAUUUAAGAUCAUCCAGCAGACACCACAGCCUGACUUGCUCCUUUGGCUGCUUUCAAUGUAAGAGCUGAAGUCUAGAUUUGUCCAAAUCCUGCUCUAAACUCCAACAAAGAGCGGUUUACUGUGCCUCGAGCUGUUUUUAGAUUGAAACAGAGCAGCCAUUUCAGUAUUCCUUUCAAACUAAAGUACCUUUUUCCAUGUGAACCUUAGGAAUCCAUGCAGACUUGCUUUAUCUGACCAGCAAGUGGACAUUUUCGGUAACAUUUUAUGUUGAGAGUCUCCUGGAGAUGUUCUGUAGAUGCUCAUGUUGCCUUCAACCUUCACUUAAACGUGAAUUUGGAUGCGACUGAGGUUUUAGAUUGGAUGUGAAUUCUAUUCAAUCAUUUGCUCAAGGGGGAAUCCCACUGUCUGUCGGCAAAUCUGGGGACUGUUUUGCCUUUCAACACCCUGCUCGUGCCUCUCAACCAAUCAAUGGUUUUUGAAAAAGUACAUUUUAAGCUCAAAACUAUUACUUUCGAUGAGGGAGCUUUUAAAGGCAGAUGUCUGGUUCCUAUCACCACCACUGUGAACUCUGAUUUCUGACUGUAGAAUGGAGUAUUUCACAAUAAACCACUAAAUGGCUUCAUAUACAGAGAUCAGGCAUAACAUGAUGACCACCUCCUUGUUUCUACGCUCACUGUCUAUUUUAUUAGCUCCACUUACUG